AUGGCUCCAUGCUGCAAAUCUUUUUCCAGAAUGUGCAGGUAUACAUCAGGCCGAAGCUUCUUCAAGCCGUGGGGCAACGUGGGAUAUAUAUUUGUCAAGACUGGCAAUUUACUUGGAUGCAGAGUAUGUUUACUCAUUUUGGUAGCCUCAUACCGGGGCCUGCGAUGGCUGCUGGAGCAGCCCUCUGGCUCGUGCUUUUUGGCAAUUCCUCGAUUCCAAAUGGUAUUGGCCAUGGUCCACGUAUGGUCCGGGCGAUUCUGGAUGGGGCACUUCUCUGGCCGUAGCCCAAAGCCGCAUCAAAUGUUUUCAAACGACGUGGACAUGAUCGCGGCCUUGUGCAGGGAAGCAGGGUAUUUGUCGAGGGCCCAAGCUCUACUCUGCCCGGUGCGAACAACCCGAACUUACCGGGACAAAAACGGGGUGAAGAGGUGUGUGGGGAAGAAGAAGGAACUUCGUGAAUCCCAGCACUACACCGCAGAGUUCGGAGAAUUUAUCGCAGCUCCGCUCCCUGGGCCACGAGACCCUGUAUGGAUUGAUGACACCCUGACCGACCUUGAGUUAUUUCGACAGCACUGCAUGCCUUUUCACGAUCUCUGGCCGGAGGCCAAGCUGAUGGAAGCCGUGGAAUACCUGGCCCGCUGCAAACAUAUUCAAGACCUGGUUCUCCACGAGCUGAAUUUGCGCCCUAUCGAUGUGACGAAGGCGACUGAGGUGGCCAAACGGGCCCCAAAGGCUCCCAGUGUCGCGCAGCUUUCUGAGUUAGCCCAAAAAUUCAUUCAGGACAAGGACAAGAGUGGUCCUUCAGUGGAGCCAACCCCAGAGGUACCUGUUCGAGGUGCAAUCAAAACGGAGAAGCUGGAGAUCACCGAGAUGGAUCUGUUGGAGGCCGAUGGAUUCGAUCCAAGCGAAAAGAUUUGGUGCAAGUUCGAGUUCCCCAAGCACCUUUUCAGUGAGUCGGGUGUCUUUGAGAAGCCCGCGUUGGAGGACAAGCCCGAAGCCAAGGCCUUUCCAAAGACCAAGGCCAAGCAGGUUCGCAGCAAACCUGCCCCAGGUCCACGGGCCAAGGUGCGGAAGGUGGCCAUUGCUCCUGCUGUGGAUACUGGAAUUGAACCCGAUGCUGCAUCAGAUGCUUGUAUGGACGAGGAAAGUUCUGAGGAGGAGGACUUGCUGUCUGGCACCGGAUCAUCAAACAAUGGUCCACCACCUGCUCCUCCAGCUCCGCCCACAGUGCUGGACCCAAAGGACUUUGAGGAGUGCGAUGGUGAUGAGGAGCCUGUGGUGACCCCUCCGGGACUUCCUGAACCUGUGAAAGAAUCCAUCGACACCAACGCCUUGGAUGCCAAGCACAAUUUGAAGGAGGCCAUGCGCACACCUGUUGAAACACCAGACAAAGUGGAUGUGAAGACUGUCAACAAGAAGGCCAAAUCGACCCCUUUUCGACUCCAGUCGUGCGAAACUUUAGUCCUGGGUCAGCAGGAAUUGAGCCGACAGGCGUCUGGAGUGAAGCAGCCUGCUGUCGCUUCGGAUGAGAUGUUGGGCCCAUCAGCUUCGAACGUGAAUGGUACCUCUGAGUCAGACCAGUUGCUUGCUGCACUGACCUUGCUGAAGGAUGGCUUCGGAGACCCAGAUCUGAAGGCGAUUUUCAAAGGUCUCAUUGACCAGUUUUGCCCCAACAAGACGGCUUCUUGCUCUGAGGCUGCUGCAGCCUGCAAAGGUAAGCCUGCAAGCGCUAAACCUGCAGGAGCACCGAUCGUUGAGCCAAAGAAGCCAGAGGUCAAGCCGGCUGUGAACCCGAAGAGUGUUUCGGUUGACCCGGGUCCGAAGAGUGUCACGAUUGAGCCGAAGGUUGGCCAGAUCGCUGCCCCGAGUGAGAGCGAUAGCGAUGCAGAUUCAACAACUCCUGCAGUCCCGAAGCUUGAGAUCUGCAAUUCGUCGACGCACCGUCGAGAGCAUGCGCGGCUUGCCCGCCGUAUGCAAAGUGAUGCUGCUGCAGCAUCGUGUCCGGAGAUGGUUCGUCUCUGGAAUGGCAGUCGCCAGGACAGGGCUGAUUUUUGGGCCACAGGUUGGAAACUUUUUUGCAAUUUCUUUCCAAAUCUUUCAAGGAAACAAACCCUGAAGGACAAGUCCGCGCUGCUGAAGCAGUGGAUUGAGUCAGGUGAAAACUUGGCGGCUUGCGAGAGUCGUCUUGUGGUGUCAAAGAGCCAGGAGACAGAGAUGGUGCGCUCGAAGGAGCUUUUGACCAUCCGCCAAAUGGUGGAGCGCGGAUACAGCCAGAAGAAGAUCGACACGAUCAUAUCGAAAAACGAACCGAUCUAUGACGAAGAUGCUCCCGAUUGCCCCGAAUCAGUACGCUUCCUUGUCUUUACCGGAGGGUCUUGUGUGGAUCGGGAGAAGGUGGCAAUCACGGGAUCAUCGACGGUCAACGUCCGAUCGACUCCGGAAAUGCUUGGGUCUUUGGUGGAGCCAACUGCCAAUUUGCCAGGAAGGUCGGCGUCGGCCACUUCUGGAGGAGCUUGUGCUGGAGCCGCAGGGCAACUUACUUUGUCAUCUUUGGUCGGAGUGGUGAACGAUUGCAAAGAUGCCGACAAGAAAAAGGAUGAUAAAAAGCCGGCCAAGAAGGAUAAGAAGGAGAAAAAGGUCAAGAAGGAGGACCCCCAGACCACGAAGGAGAAGCAACAGAAUGGCCGCAAGGAACUGAAGAAGGAGAUGAACAACUGCAACAUCCUCUACGACCUGCCCCCUGAGAACGCCCUCCGCAAGGAGCUGUCCAAGAUGAAGGCCAAGUUGGAGGAAUUUGUGGACAAGCUUAACGCCGCUGACGAUGAUUCCAUCGAUGAUAUUUCUUCCCAAGCCGCGAACGAGGUGGAGGCCUGCAAGCUUUUGCGUGCCCAAGCACGUGCUGUUGCCGCUGAGCUCAGGAAGAGCCAGGACACCUCGAAGGGCAAGUGA